AGAUGUUGUUUGGACUGGUUCAGCUGGAGCUCUUUAUUUUGAUUCCAGUUUCUCUUGUGCUGCUUUUGCUCCUGCAUUGCUUAUAGAACCACAGAAUCAUGAAGGUUGGAAAAGACCACUGAGAUCAUCUAGUCCAACUACCAACCCAACCCCACCAUGCCCACUAACCCACGUUCCCAGGUGCCACAUCACAGUGAAGUAGCCUGGUGCUUGGUUCCACCUGGACGGGCUGCUGGACCACGGAGCCGUGCUGGCUGCAGUGUAUUCCAGCACCUUGUGUUGUUAUUUUAAUACUUCAGUUGUGGCUUUGAAGGUGUUUCUUCAGUUGAGGACUUGGUGUUGGUUUUUCUGCUUCCUUGGUUAUAAACACGAACCUAUAAGCUCGCUGCUGGCCAACACAGCGGACAAAGGUGGCAGAGAGCCUCCAGCCUGCAAGGGGGCAAAGUCAACCUGGAGCAUGGCAGGUGAGAGGUGCACAACAGGGACCACAGAAGUCAGUAUUUUCCAUUAAUUACCAACAAGACACGGUGCAUGCACUGGCAGAGCUCCCAAAGCGAGCGAUAGAAGUGAACGUUCUGGCAUGCAGUCAGCAGCUGCUGGGGCACACUGACAGGGCAAUGGGGCUGUGGGACCAACCUGAGCUCACUGGGGGCUCUGGGCAGUGAGCAGUGCUUCCCGAGGUGAGAUGGAUGCUUUGCAGAGCCCUGCUGCAUGUGCUCUGCCAAUCUGUGUAGUUUCAGAGCUAGAAGAAAAAUAAACUCACCCCUGUGUGUUUGCUCAGUUAAUGCUGGCUGUGAAAGACUUGCUGCCACGAUCCUAGGUGCUGUGGGGCUCCCAUGGGGCCGUAGAGGCGUUUACAAGUGGCAGAUUUUAUCCCAGCUGCAUGGAGAGUGACUGUGGGGUGUGACAGAGGUGACAGUGUGCAAGGGUUGUGCCAGUGGUCUCCUCAUGCACCAGCACUCCGGAGAACUCGUGUCCUAACAGAGCUGAGGGGAUGUGACUAUUCCUGCUGGACUGGGUAAGAGAAGGUAACCAGUGAAACAUGCUGCCCACACCAUCAGCUUGCCUUUCUCCCAGCAGUGUGGUGUGGCUUCCCCAGAAUUUCUGUAGGAAAGCUCUGAAGUCCAGCACAUGGCCAAAACGCAUCACCGUGCACAGGAGCUGGGCAAGCAGCUUGCUUUGCGUAAAGCUGGAAGCAAUAGUCUGCACUGCAGGUACUCCAGCAGAGAGCCAAACCUUUUUUAAAAUAGUGUAUUUAAAGCUGUAAGCGUGAGCACCUGGAGAUGUCCCUCAGGGUAAGUGUAGUCCCACUUGGGAAAACUGCUGUAUGAAGUGGGAUGUGGGUAAGGUGAUUGCAGAAGUUGGGAAGCACCACCCUCUACUUUUUAUACUUGCAGUAACUCAGCUUUGUACUUACAAAAGCAAAUUUGCAUCAGAUAUGUAUCCAAGGUACAAUAGGAUGAUGCCAAGCCAUCUCCAGAGGUGGGUGCUCAUAGGAGCACACUUGUACGCCCAGAGCUUGCUUAGACCCUGCUUUGGGUGUGGGCCUGGUCAGCGUGCAGUGGACUCCUGUCCUGCAGCCCUCGACACCCACCUGCUGUGCUACAGUGGCCCCAUGGCGAGUGGCCGGCUGUGGGAGGGCUGGCAUGGUACAUGAGCUGCUCUGGUGUGGGAACUGGCACAGAUGCCCACUGCCAGCUGCCUUCUGUCCAGGGCAGUCAUAACUCACUGUGACCAGAAAUGCCACUCUCCUGGCACUAAAAUAUGUUAAAAAGUGCACCAGCAACACUGUGAGCGGCCUGGGAAUGGGGAAAGCGGCCGCUGGUGCUGAUGGCGUUAUUCGAGGUGAUCAUUAUUCUUUGGAUUAACCUCAGUCCUGCAUCCCCCGUGCAGCCUGCAGGGCUGUGGCAGGGUGCCCAUGGGCUGGUGCAUUGCUGGCGGUGCUGCCGUGCCUGCAGCAGCUGCAGGCCGCCCUCCACUAUGGGAUCGGGGACAAUGGGAGCUGCCGGCGCAACGCAAGGCCGCAGCCACGGGGAGGUUUUACGUGAGGGUAAAUGUAAAUGCAGAGGCUGGGUGUUGGGGUAGUGGCAGAGUGUACGAGGAGGAGAGUUUUAAGAACAAAAUACACAUAAAAAAUAAAAUUAAGGCAUCCAUCAUGGAGCAGCUGGCAGGCAGCAUAGAGGACAGCCCUGAGAAAUACAAAUACAGCUGGUGUCACCCAGAGGCGAAGCUGAGGAAGCUCUCCGUGGGAAUGCUUUGUGGAAAGGAACGCUCAGGGCGCACUGUGCGGCAGGUACAGCUGGGCAGCCAGGCUGCAGCCCCUCUCCAGAGCAGGUGUGAGGGAAGUGCACAGGAUGGGGUGUGCAGUGCUCCGCAGGACGCAAUCCCAGCCCCCGCAGCUCAUGGCUGUGGGGCUUCUGCGGCAGAGCUCAGUGCUGUACGUAACAGAAUGACACUCAUUCACCCAACUGUUUUCUGCCCUUCUCCAGAAUAUUGUACAGACCCCACCAAAGCCCUUUCUCUCUCUGGCUUCUCCUCCAUGUUGAAAGGCCAUACUCGCACCUGACAUGGAAAUGUCUUUGUUCUUUUCUCCUGUGUCUUUUCCAUACUGCCCUUUGACCAAAACUAUGAGCAGCACUCAGGACAUCAUGGAUUUGUAGCACCUGCUCUGCUGUGGAAGCGAGUCUAAUUUCCCUACCCUUUGCCUUUGCACAGCUCAGUAAGUCCAGAGGCAUCUAUGGGAAGGUUCUCCCUGCCAUCACGGUUAUUUAGGUUAGCUCAAAGCUUUCAAGGCAGGGACGCUACCCCAUGCCUCCUGAAUGUCCCAGGAGAUUCAAGGUGAUGGAUCUCUCUUGAAUGUAUUUAUUCACUGCUCCGAAGUUCCACCCAUGGAGCAGAGGGAACAGAGCCUGCGCAUAGCCAGUAUGUGGUCAGGGUGCAGUGGGAACAGCGGCUGAUCUGUUUGCCCUGGGAAAAGGGAGAUCCCAAACUGGGCAAGCUGCUCUGGUCACAGGGUGAUGCGUGGCCUUGUUCCCAGCUUAGGAUGUCUGUUGUGUGGGUUUUUUUUAACCACAGCUCACAAUGCCGCUCAGGAAAAAAUGGCCUUUGGUGAACGUUAGGAGCCAUCUGAGUGGUGAAACACAUUGUGCUCCCAUUCCACAGCCCAUGCGGCGGCCCUCAGCUGUCAUGCCUGGAACAGGUGGUGUAAGGCAAUCCCUGGGCAGCCAUGCCCCCUAGCCCCCCCGGGCAGACCUUAAAGGCACUGCGUGUCCCCGGCUCCAUGGCACUGAGAGGAGCAGGCUCAGGUGAUGGAGCUCUGCUGUGUGCUGCUCCUGAUCUUCUCUGCAGGUAAAUGGCGUGUUUUGGCAACCACCUUGGGCACGCCGGUUCCUCCCUGCGGGUGUGGGACUAUGGCUUUGCAUGUGCGUUGGUGUGGAUGUGUGACCUGGGAGCAGCCUGUCCCAAGGGAGGUUGUACGGGCACAACGUGUUGUUUAAUGAGAGCUUUGGCAUGUGCUGAUAGCAGCUGAAACAUUCCCAAUUUCAGCCGCCAGAUACUUUGCAGUGAGGAGUUUGUGUUUAGUUGUUUUCAUCUUUGUCAUCUUCCUGCCAUGCUCCCAUUUACACUUGUGCAAAAUUUAUUUCAAAACAUGUGAGAUGCUCUAGCAAACGUGACUUGACAUGUAAAAGUUUAUCAGCUGUGGGACUGCUGACAAGAAGGCGGGAUUGUUUUGCAACUGCUUUAUAAUUUUUUUAAUAACAGCUUUGUGAUGCUAAACCUUUUUCACUAAAUCCCAGAAGUGAGCUGAACUCCUGCCAAGCUCCCAGAAGGCAGCAGUGUGAAGGGCUUUAGUUGGACUAAUGAAGUGCAGCACAACCCCUGACCCGGCCACGAUGCUGUGCUCACAGAGUGGAGAGGGAGGCAUGAAUUACAAGGGGGCUGCACAGAGAGCGUGGUCUCGCCGGCUGCAGAGCUGGCCGAGGGCAGCACUUCUCUGGGCCAGCCCCAUGGUGCAUCCCAACCCUCCCACUGAUGCCACAUCAUCAUCCGCAGCCAGCCCAGCCCUGUGCUAUGAGCACGAGACGCGCCUUGUCGACGACCUGUUCCGGGACUACAACAAGGUGGUGCGCCCCGUCGAGAAUCAUCGCGAUGCCGUCGUCGUCACCGUCGGGCUGCAGCUCAUUCAGCUCAUCAAUGUGGAUGAAGUAAAUCAGAUUGUAACAACCAACGUACGCCUGAAGCAGCAAUGGACAGACAUCAACCUGAAGUGGAACCCAGAUGACUAUGGCGGCGUGAAACAAAUCCGAAUCCCAUCAGAUGACAUCUGGCGCCCGGAUCUUGUCCUUUACAACAACGCGGACGGCGAUUUUGCCAUUGUUAAAUACACCAAGGUCCUUCUGGAACACACAGGAAAGAUCACCUGGACGCCUCCUGCUAUCUUUAAAAGUUACUGUGAAAUUAUAGUCACGUACUUCCCAUUCGACCAGCAGAACUGUAGCAUGAAGCUGGGAACGUGGACGUAUGACGGUACAAUGGUGGUUAUCAACCCGGAGAGCGACCGUCCCGACCUAAGUAACUUCAUGGAGAGCGGCGAGUGGGUGAUGAAGGACUACCGCGGCUGGAAGCACUGGGUUUACUAUGCCUGCUGCCCGGACACUCCCUACCUGGACAUCACAUACCACUUCCUGAUGCAGCGCCUGCCACUCUACUUCAUCGUCAAUGUCAUCAUCCCCUGCCUGCUCUUCUCCUUUUUGACCGGGUUUGUUUUUUAUCUACCCACAGAUUCAGGUGAGAAAAUGACUCUCAGCAUCUCUGUCUUGCUGUCACUGACUGUGUUCCUGCUGGUCAUCGUGGAGCUGAUUCCCUCCACCUCCAGCGCAGUGCCUCUGAUAGGCAAAUACAUGUUGUUUACCAUGGUGUUUGUCAUCGCUUCCAUCAUCAUCACGGUCAUCGUUAUCAACACCCACCACCGCUCCCCCAGCACUCACACCAUGCCGCACUGGGUCAGGAAGAUCUUUAUUGACACAAUCCCAAACAUCAUGUUUUUCUCUACAAUGAAACGACCAUCCAGGGAUAAACCAGACAAGAAAAUUUUUGCAGAAGAUAUUGAUAUUUCUGAAAUUUCCGGGAAGCAAGGCCCCGUGCCUGUCAACUUCUAUUCCCCUCUUACCAAAAAUCCAGAUGUGAAAAAUGCUAUAGAGGGAAUCAAAUACAUUGCGGAAACGAUGAAGUCAGACCAAGAAUCCAGUAAUGCAGCCGAUGAGUGGAAGUUCGUUGCGAUGGUGCUCGAUCAUCUUCUCCUUGUAAUAUUUAUGCUAGUCUGCAUUAUUGGAACAUUAGCUGUAUUUGCUGGUCGCCUUAUUGAAUUAAAUCAGCAAGGAUGAACAUCAAAUGGAAACUAUUUGCUGCCCCGGUCAG